AUGGUGGACAUAGUGACUAGUGAUCUAGAUUUUUUUAAAGCAAGUUCAGAACUCUCUUUCACAUUUGUCUGUGUCUGUGCAUCGGUGUACCUGUGUACUGUGUACCUGAGUGUUAAAAAGCUCAGGAAGGGAAAACCCCAUUACAGCUCAAACCAUGUCCUAUUUAGAGGAAUUGGCAGAUAUUCCCAAUCUCCUAUGUAUUCCAGAAAGGCCUUGUACAAAAGGAAGUAUUCAGGUGCCAAGUCCAAAGUUGAAAGGAAGAAAAAGGAGAAGGCCCUUGGGGCUGUCACAAAAACUGCUGGAGGAGAUAAGAACAGUGAUACCCAGGUGGUAGAGUUAAAAAAAAUGCCUACGGACAAUGUGCCUCGGAAGUGGCUGAGCUAUAGCAAAAAGCCCUUCUAUCAGCAUGUCAGCAUCACUCCUGGGAAUGUCCUGAUCAUCUUCACUGGGUGCCACAGGGGCCAGAGAGUGGUUUUCCUGAUGCAGCUGGGCAGCGGGUUGGUGUUUGUGACUGAGCUUUUUGCCUUCAUCCAAGUUUCUCUGCACAGAAUACACCAGAAGUUUGUCAUCUCCAUCUCUAUCAGCAAGGUUAUAUUCCCCAAACACCUGAUCAAAACUUGCUUCAGGAAGGAGCUGCACAAGCCCAGACACCAGCAGGAUGAGAUCUUCAACAUGGAGAAUGGGAAAUAUGAGAUCACAGAGCAGCACAAGGCUGAUCAGAAAACUGUAGACUCACAGAUUUUACCAAAGAUCAAAGCUGUUCCUCAGCUCCAGGACUACCUGCAAUCUCAGUUAUCCCUGACAAAUGGGAUGUAUCCUCACAAACUGGUGUUCCAAAUUGCUAACAACCAAAUUAAACAUAUUCAUGUGCUGCAGACUGGCCUCAGUCAGCCCCUCAAUCUGCAGGGUCCUGGUACAGAAAAUGUUACUUUGGUUUACAGAGGAAAACUCAUUCAGCUACAAACUCUAAGAAGUCUUGAAGAAUGGUUAGCUCAGCAGGUGAAAGGAUUUGCUGCCAAGCAAGCCUGCAUGAUUGUGGGUUUGAGUCCUACCUUGUGUCUUGGUUUCUCAGUUCUGGGAUUGUGGGUUCAAGUCCCGCCUGGGUUUCCAGUUCUGGUAUUCUGUAUUCUGGCAGCUACCACUGUGGAUCGUGAGGACCUAGUGGUUGCGGGAGGAAGACAUCCUAAGGCCCCGCAGGCUGCGACCCUGGAAGAUGUUCCAAGGGUGACCCGGGAGAAAGUACCCAGAGUGAGGAACAAUCAAAAAGGUCUGACUGUCAUCUGGCAGAGUGAAGAAAAUAAGGUACUUUUUCUGCCAGAAAGGGAGUGA